UCCCCCUUUUCACAGCAAACUGGCUGCUGUCCCAACUGCCUACCAAAGCCAAAUGCUGGAGGAGAGAGAGAACAAGGAGCCAGAAAUGAAUCCCUUCCAGAAAAAUGAGUCCAAAGAAACUCUUUUUUCACCUGUCUCCACUGAAGAGGUACCACCUCAACCUCCCAGCCCUCCAAAGAAGCCACCUCCGAAAAUCUGUGGUUCCAAUUAUCCACUGAGCAUUGCCUUCAUUGUGGUGAAUGAAUUUUGUGAACGCUUUUCCUAUUAUGGCAUGAAAGCUGUGCUGACACUGUAUUUCCUGUAUUUCCUACACUGGAAUGAAGACACCUCCACAUCCGUAUACCAUGCCUUCAGUAGUCUGUGUUAUUUCACUCCUGUCCUAGGAGCAGCCAUUGCUGACUCAUGGCUGGGAAAAUUCAAGACAGUCAUCUACCUCUCAUUGGUGUAUGUAUUUGGCCAUGUGAUCAAGUCCUUGGGAGCUUUGCCAAUACUAGGGGGACACAUGGUACACACAGUCCUAUCACUGAUUGGUUUGAGUCUAAUUGCUUUGGGAACAGGAGGUAUCAAACCCUGUGUGGCAGCUUUUGGUGGAGACCAGUUUGAAGAAAAACAUGCAGAAGAGCGGACUAGAUACUUCUCAGUCUUCUACCUCUCCAUCAAUGCAGGGAGUUUGAUUUCUACAUUUAUCACACCCAUGCUGAGAGGAGAUGUGAAAUGUUUUGGAGAAGACUGCUAUGCACUGGCUUUUGGAGUUCCAGGGCUGCUUAUGGUGAUAGCUCUUGUUGUGUUUGCAAUGGGAAGCAAAAUAUACAAAAAACCACCUCCUGAAGGCAACAUAGUGACUCAAGUUAUCAAAUGUGUCUGGUUUGCUAUUUCUAACCGUUUCAAGAACCGUUCUAGGAACAUUCCAAAGAGACAGCACUGGCUGGACUGGGCAGCUGAAAAAUACCCAAAGCAACUCAUUAUGGAUGUGAAAGCGCUGACCAGAGUGCUAUUCCUUUAUAUCCCAGUGCCCAUGUUUUGGGCUCUUUUGGAUCAGCAGGGCUCACGAUGGACCUUACAAGCCACCAAGAUGAAUGGGAAUUUGGGUUUUAUUGUACUUCAACCUGACCAAAUGCAGGUACUAAAUCCCUUUCUGGUCCUUAUCUUCAUCCCACUGUUUGACGUUGUCAUUUAUCGUCUUGUCUCCAAGUGUGGAAUUAAUUUCACAUCACUUAGGAAAAUGGCUGUUGGCAUGAUCCUAGCAUGUUUGGCAUUUGGAGUUGCAGCACUUGUAGAGAUGAAAAUUAAUGAAAUGGCCUUACUCAAGUCAGGUCCACAAGAGAUUUUCCUACGAGUCUUGAAUCUGGCAGAUGAUGAGGUGAAAGUGACAGUGCUGGGAAAUGAAAACAAUACUCUGUUACUUGAGUCCAUCAAAUCCUUCCAGAAAAUGCCACACUAUUCCAAACUUCAUCUGAACACAAGAAGCCAGGAUUUCCACUUCCACCUGAAAUACCACAAUUCAUCUAUCAACAAUGCACAUUUUGUGGAGGAGAAAAGCUGGUAUACUCUGAUCAUUCGAGAAGAUAGGGAAAAUAUUUCUAGCAUGAUGGUGAAGGACGAAGAAAGCAAAACGGUCAAUGGAAUGACAUCCUUGAGGUUUGUUAACACCUUGCACAAUAAAGUCAAUAUCUCCUUGGAUACAGCUAUCUCUCUCAGUGUUGGUGAAGACUAUGGUGUGUCAACUUACAUAACUGUGCAAGGAGGAGAAUACCCUGCAGUACACUGCAAAACAGAAGAUAAGAACUUUUUGUUGAAUUUGGGUCUACUAGACAUUGGUUCCACUUAUCUGUUUGUUAUUGCUAAUAACACUGGUCAGGGUCCCCAGGCAUGGAAGAUGGAAGACAUUCUAGCCAACAAAAUGUCCAUUCUGUGGCAGCUACCACAAUAUGCCCUGGUUACAGCUGCAGAAGUCAUGUUCUCUGUCACAGGACUUGAGUUUUCAUAUUCUCAGGCACCAAUGAGCAUGAAAUCUGUACUCCAAGCAGCAUGGUUGUUGACAGUUGCAUUUGGGAACAUCAUUGUGCUUAUUGUGGCACAGUUCAGUGGCCUGGUUCAGUGGGCUGAAUUUGUUUUGUUUUCCUGCCUCCUGCUGGUGGUCUGCCUGAUCUUCUCUAUCAUGGGCUACUACUAUGUUCCUCUAAAGCCAGAGAAUAUUCAGGAAACUUCAGAUAAACAUAUUCCUCAUGUCCAUGGGAAUAUGAUCAACCUGGAGACCAAGAAAACAAAGCUGUAAUGAUUUCCUGAACCCUGCCCAGAAUACCUGGCUCUGGUAUUGGCCAUCACUUGUCUUCAAGCAUUUUGUCUUCCCAGUUGGACUGUGGAGAGAGGUAGUACCAUAUCUGAGUUGAUCUCUACUUUUCCACGUUAGUGAGGCAGCUCUAGGAUUAGGUUAUUAAGCAAG